AUGCUUUCCAUUGAAGAAAUCCGCGCGCUUGCAGAGGUGAAUCCUGAGUUUGCACCGAUCCUCAACUCAGGAUCCCCCCUCCUCGCAUCGUGGGACUCAACCACCAACAUCCCCCAAGUCCGCGCCAUGAUACAAGCCGCCAAAGCCCCCCAACCCGAUCCCGCCACGCUGCCCUACCUCCAGGAGGACAUUCGCAUCCCGGUGCGAGACGGCCGCACCGUUGCCGUCCGCGUCUACAAGCCCCGAGCAGCAGCAGAAGAAGAACAAGACUCAUCAUCAUCAUCAUCACCAACAGCGGGCGGCGGCGGCCGACCGGGCCUCGUCGUCUUCCACGGCGGAGGGUAUGCCGUCGGGGAUCUGGACACGGAGACGUGGCUCUGCGCGCUGUUUGUCACACAGCUGGGCGGCGUGGCGGUGAAUGUCGAUUAUAGACUUGCGCCUGAGCAUGUGUUCCCUGCUGCGGUGGAGGAUGCAUUUGAUGCUACUAGAUGGAUGGCGCAAAAUGUACAGUCCUUGGGCAUAGAUCCCGCAAAGGGGUUCCUCGUUGGGGGCGAGAGCUCCGGGGCUGAUAUGGCGCUGGUCGUCGCUCACAUGUACCUCCACGACGGACAACAACAGAGUCCUCCUCUCACCGGCGUAUACGCGGCGAUUCCUGGGGCAGUGAACAAUGAGACGGUGCCGGACAAGUGUAGAGAUCGGUUCAUCAGUCUGGAGCAGUGUGCCGAAGCGCCGGUGCUGUCCAAAGCAUCCAUGGAGUUCAUCUGGAAGAACCAUCAAGUCGAUCCCCACAGCCCGCUCGCCUUCCCCCUCGCCUUCCCCUCCUCAGUCAGGGCCAGCCUCCCCAAGACGUACUUUCAAAUCUGCGGGCUGGACCCCGUGCGCGACUGCGGACUGCUGCCGGAGCAGGUGUUUCGGGACGAGGGCGUCGAGACGGGGCGGCAUGUCUAUCCCGGGAUGCCGCAUGCGUUUUGGGCGCUGUUUCCGGAUCUCGAGGUUAGUGCGAGGCAGAGGAGGGAUGCGGAGGAGGGACUGAGGUGGUUGCUGAGUUGA